CUCCCUUCUCUCAUCCAUCACCACCAGCACAGCACCUUCAGGCUUUGAAAUCUAAUUAGUAGCCAUGAAGAACAACACCUCUAACAUCUCUUCCCCAUUCCUGACCCUCCCAUGGAGCGUUACUGCAGCCACCACCAGCAUACCUGGAACCCUAAUAAGCUUCACCUCCCCAAUCACUUCAGUACUUCUCAUCUUUGUUUCCCUUCUUUUCAUUGCCCAAUUUCGGUCUAAGAUUUAUAAGAAAUCUAAGCCAACUGCUCCACUCCCACCUGGUCCAACACCAUGGCCUAUAAUUGGUAGCAUUCCGGAAUUGUUCCGAAAGAAGCCGGUAUUCCGGUGGGUACUUGGGCUCAUGAAAGAAAUGAAUACCGAAAUUGCAUGUUUUCGAUUUGGUGAUGUGCAUGUAAUUCCGGUCAUUUGCCCGGAGAUUGCUAAAGAAUUCUUGAAAAAACAAGAUGCAACAUUUGCUUCAAGACCCAUUACAAUGGCGACCGAGUACUCAAGCCGUGGGUUCUUGUCCCUAGCUUUUGUGCCAUGGGGUGAUCAAUGGAAGAAGAUGAGGAGGGUGGUAACUUCUGAGGUUAUCAAUCCCAGGAGAAUUCAUUGGCUCCUUGAGAAAAGAACAGAAGAGGCUGAUAAUCUUGUCAAAUACGUAUACAACCAAUGCACCAGUACUAAUACUGGUUCACUUGUGGACGUUAGGGUUGCAGCUAGGCAAUAUGGUGGCAAUGUCAUUAGGAAGUUGAUGUUCAACAAGAGAUACCUUGGGGAAGGAAGGAAGGAUGGAGGGCCUGGCGUUGAAGAAGAAGAAUAUAUCGAUGCCGUCUUUACCGUGCUUUCUUUGGUAUAUUCAUUUUGUGUAUCAGAUUACAUGCCUAGUUUGAGGAGGUUUGAUUUGAAUGGACAUGAGAAGAUCAUGAAGGAGGCUGUUAGGGUUAUUAACAAGUACCAUGACCCUAUAAUUGAUGAGAGGGUUCAAGAAUGGAGAGAAGGGAAGAAGAAGGAAGCUCAAGAUCUUCUUGAUGUACUCAUUUCAAUGAAAGAUUCAAAUGGGAAGCCAUUGCUAUCCACAGAAGAGAUCAAAGCUCAAACUGCGGAACUAGUGUAUGCGGCAGUGGACAAUCCAUCAAAUGGAGUUGAAUGGGCCUUGGCGGAGAUGAUCAACCACCCUGAGAUGCUUCAAAAAGCUACUGAAGAAAUUGAUAGAGUCGUCGGAAAGGAGAGGUUGGUACAGGAGUCCGACAUACCACAGCUCAAUUAUGUCAAGGCAUGCGCUAGGGAAGCCUUUCGGCUCCACCCGAUCGCCCCCUUUAACGUUCCACAUGUCUCUAAUGCUGAUACAACGGUCGCCGGUUAUUUCAUUCCUAAGGGUAGCCAUGUCUUGUUAAGCCGAGUUGGGCUAGGACGAAACCCUAAAGUUUGGGAAGACCCUCUCAAGUUCAACCCUGAGCGCCAUUUGAAGGAUCCGUCACUUGAUGUUGACCUGACUGAGCCAGAGCUGCGGUUCAUCUCAUUUAGCACUGGGAGGCGUGGGUGCAUGGGGGCCAUGCUUGGCUCUGCCAUGACUAUUAUGUUGUUGGCUAGGCUCCUGCAAGGGUUCAGUUGGGGAGUAAACCCUGGUGAGUCUAGGAUUGACCUAAGUGAGUCAAGAGCCGAUCUUUUCUUGGCUAAGCCAUUGCUUGCGCAUGCUGAGCCACGUUUGUCAGUGCAUGCUUAUCCUUUGCACUAGAAUAAUUCUUAUAGUCACUUAUUUUUAUUUUUAUGAUAAAAUAAGGAAUGACCAUAUUAGAGCUAAUUUGAGAGUUGCCCCAAUACAUGAUAUACUUUGAGAAAAUCGUUUGAGGUGGUAUGACCAUGUUCAACGGUGGCCUUUGGAUACACCACUAUGGAGGAGCGAUCUAAUUUAGAUUGAAGGAGCAAAAAGAUGUAGGGGCAAGCAAAAAUGACCAUAGGAGUUGUGAUGAAAGAUAUGCAUAGUUUAGGUCAUGUCUCAACUAUGACCUCGAAGCUAUUUGGAGGGCAAUGAUCUAUGUAUCCUACCCCGUUUAAGUGAGAUAUUGCUCACUUCUUGUUUUUGUGGUGGUGGUGGUGUUUCUUUCUUUCUAUAUUACUUUUAGUUUUUUACCUUUGCUUGGAUUCAUGUAUUCAGCCCCAUUUAGUUAGGAUAAGAUUGAGUUUUGUUGUUGUUGUUGUUGUUGUAAGCAAAAAAUAUAUUACAGAAAUAAAAUGCCAAAUGAUCUGGUUUUCCAUUCUA